AUGUUCUUCUCCCCUCCCCUCUUCCCUCCCCCGUUCCCCUCCUUCCUCCCCCCCCUCCCCUCCCCCGUUUCCCCCUCCCCCAUUCGCCUUCCCCCAUUCGCCCUCGCCCAUUCGCCCUCCCCCAUUCCCCCUCCCCCAUCCCCCCUCCCCCAUUCGCCCUCCCCCAUUCCCCCUCCCCCAUUCCCCCUCCCCCAUUCCCCCUCCCCCAUUCGCCCUCCCCCAUUCACCCUCCCCCAUGCGCCCUCCCCCAUGCGCCCUCCCCCAUGCCCCGGGCAGGCUCUCCGUCCCCCUUUCGACGGCAUUCUCAGCAGCAACAGCACCAUCAACCCGCCUUUCUACAACUGGAACCUCGUUCGUCUCAUCUACUGCGACGGUGGCGGCUACUCGGGCACGGCAGGGCGCCUGGAGGUUGGGACCAAUGGCACUGCGAUUUACCUGGAUGGCUGGAACAUCGUUCAAGCGGUGAUAGAGGACUCUAAGGACCGAGUGGACUUCAAGGAUAGAGUGGGCGGGUACUCGUGGCGCAACGGCGUGAAUGAUUCUCUUCCUCCUUCCCUCCCCACCUGCUUCUCCCUCCCCCACUACCCUUUUAGACUCCAAGGACCGAACUCCAAGGAUAGAAUGGGUGGGUACUCGUGGCGCAACGGUGUGAAGAACAUUGCUGCUAUGCACAAGCCGAGCUGGCCUCCUUGCCAAGACGGUGAGAGAGAGAGGGGGGGGGGAGGGGUUGUAGGGGGGAAGCUGGCAAAGAGGAGCAUUGCUGCUCUGCACAAGCCCAUCUGGCCUGAUUGCCAAGACGGGAGGAGGGUGUGGAGGGAGGGGAGUGUGGAGCGGGUUCGGAGAGGGCGGCCUGGGAGGAGCGGAACGCUGCUGCAGGCGUUGCUCGUUCUGCAAGACAGGAGGGUGGGGAGAGAGGAGGGUGGGGAGAGAGGUGGUGGGGAGAGAGGUGGUGGGGAGAGAGGUGGUGGGGAGAGAGGUGGUGGGGAGAGAGGUGGUGGGGAGAGAAGGGGCCCCCCAGGGUACUAUUUCCGGGCGGGCACGGGGGGCGGCAAGAACAUGUGGCACAUCUACCUGCCGGGCGGCGCGUGGUGUGGCACUGCUGCCCAGUGCGUGGCGAGGAGCAAGACGCUUUUCGGGACCAGCACGCUGUAUCCUACCGACCCUGCACCCAACGCGGCUCUCCGUCCCCCUUUCAACGGCAUUCUCAGCAGCAACAGCACCAUCAACCCGCCUUUCUACAACUGGAACCUCGUUCGUCUCAUCUACUGCGACGGUGGCGGCUACUCGGGCACGGCAGGGAGGCUUGAGGUUGACAGCAACGGCACGGCGAUUUACCUGGAUGGGUGGAGCAUCGUUCAAGCGGUGAUUGAAGAUUUGCAAUCUAAGCGGGGAAUCAAAUCGGCAUCGCAGAUUCUCCUGUCGGGCAGCUCAGCGGGCGGCCAAGCAGUCGUGGCUCUCUGCGAUCGCAUCGCUGCCGCCUUCCCCUGGGCGCCAACCAAAUGCAUCUCCGACUCGGGCUUCUUUAUUGACUCCAAGGACCGAGUGGGUGGGUACACGUGGCGCAAUGCUGUGAAUUAUUCUCUUCCUCCUUCCCUCCCCACCUGCUCUCCUCUCCCCCCACUACCCUCGAUCAGACUCUAA